AUGACGGGGGUAAUAGCGAAGUUUGAUAGCGACAACUUUGCUCUCAAUCAAUGGUUGAAUUCAAUAAACUGUGAGCAGUACGCUUCGUUGUUCACUGAGAACGGGAUAGUCGAUUAUGAUCUAAUCACCCAGUUAGAUUACGGGUCAUUAAAGGAGCUAGGAGUACUUAAAAUUGGCGAUUUGGUUAGGCUUGAAAGAUCAUUGAACUCAAUGAAGGUCAGCGAGUUGUUACAGAGAAAUUCUUCGAAGACAUCAAAAGGUCUUGCAACCCAGUUUAUAGAUGAUAUCGUUAAAUAUCAGAUCAAAAGCUUCUCCGAGAUCGGUGUUAAUAAUGAUAAUAAUGGGAAUAGCUCAAAUAAUCACAACGUUGAAAACGAUGGCUAUUUUAGUGAAAGCGAUAAUGAUGGUAGUAUUUAUGAUGAGCCUGCUACCAACAAGCGUUUGUUGAAGGAAGAUGAUAGUGACUUAAAAAAAUCGCUUAACCAUAGUAACAACUCGACUUCGACAAUCAAUUCAACGGAAUCCAAUGAGAGCAGCAUCAGCUCACAUACCAGUAUUCAUAGCAAAGAUAAUACCCCUAAUGCCGCCAUCGCAGCUUUGGCCCACGUAACGGAAAUGGAUAAACAUAUUGCAGUAUUUAUCUUGCAAAAUGGUAAUAUUAAGAAGAUAAACACUUCUGGAUGUUAUAAUGCCGAAGCAAUAAAGCGGAAAUUGCUUAAAAAGUUGAGCUGGAAGCCUAAUCUGUAUGAGAACUACAACACAUAUUUCAUUGACUCAAAUAAUAGUAUCCAUUUGAUGUUCGAUGUGGAAUUGGUGUCGUUGGUGAGGUCAUCUGAUAGGGUGGAAAGAAACAGAAUUAUAUUUUGCAAAAGUAAUGAAGAUCCAAGCAAAGAGGCGCUUGCCACGUCUAGGAAAAUUUCGUUCAAAUAUGAAGCAAACGGACCGAACAAAAGAAAGGGUAAAAGCCAGAGCAGUGAUGACGAAGCUAUGGAUAGUGUCAAUGAUCUACUUUCCAGUAAUAAAACAAAAUAUAUCAAUGUUAACACCACAAGCAGUGCAAACUUGAGAAGGGACUCGAGGAAAAAGGUUAGUUCCAAUAAAAGCCCAUCAUAUGCUCGAGCGAGAAAUAAGGAUAUGGAGCCAUUAUAUGAGCAGCGGCCUCCUAGUGAAUUAAUUUCUUCUAAUUUGGCCGAAUAUUUCCCAGAAACUCCUUCUAAAGAUCUUCAUCAAACAAUUAAAAACUCUGUUAGAUACUCUGUGCGAAUGUCCAGAGCUUUUUCUAGACUAUCGAUGAUGUCAACCAAUUCUAGUGUUACAAGAAAUAGCAUCAUGACUCUUCAAAAUAGUCCUAGAACGAUCGGUGAUGUGUGGAUGAGCAAUGCAAGUGAGUUGGAUGAGGCGGUACUAGGAGAUGAUACACAGUUCAUGGAUAUUAUGGGUGCUUACAAAAGACCAAAGUCAAGAUUUGUCCCCAGUGGUGCCCCACCGUUGCCCGAGAUAGAUAUACAUGGGGAUAAAGAAGGCGGGAAACCCAAGGAAACGUCCAAGGCUGAAAAACAAAAGAGACCAACCACGCCGAAGAGUAGAAUUGCCAAAAAUAGAUUAUCAGUGGCUAUCAACUCGGGAAAUGAGACGGAUUCGCGAAUUGAAUUAUUGGAUCUUAGUAAUACUGACAGUGAGAGUGAAUCAGGAUACGAAUUUGAUGACCAAGAUCCGGAAACCGUAAUGAAAGAUUUAGAGCUGCAAUCUAGUAUUGAUACCAAUACUGGACCUCAGCACUGGUUAAAAGGUAAGAGAAUUGGAUCAGGUAGUUUUGGUGUGGUGUACCUUGGGUUGAAUUCUUUUACGGGUGAGUUGAUGGCGGUCAAACAGGUGGAAAUUCCAAAAGUUGACCAGUUGGCGGUUAGUACUGCAGGUAGUGAUGGUGCUACGAUAUCUUCCAAUGAUGACGCCACGACUCUUAAAGGAAUCAACACAUUGGGAAGCAAUGAAACCGUCACUAAACAGAGGAAAGCUGGUAAAGGUGUGGUGGGUGAAAGACAAGACAAUGGUGAUGACAAAUCGAAGGAUCAUAAGCAAAGUAUGAUUGAUGCAUUACAGCGAGAAAUGGCUCUUUUAAAAGAACUUAAACAUGAAAAAAUUGUUAGAUAUUUAGGAUCGUCUUCCGACGACACUUAUUUGAACAUUUUUUUGGAAUAUGUUCCGGGUGGGUCCAUUACGUCUAUGAUAAAUAAUUAUGGGCCAUUCAAGGAACCGUUGAUUAGAAAUUUCACUAGACAGAUUCUUAUUGGUUUGAAAUACUUGCAUUCGAAAAAUAUUAUCCAUAGAGACAUUAAGGGGGGUAAUAUUUUGAUCGACAAUAAUGGUGGAGCCAAGAUUUCUGAUUUCGGGAUUUCCAAAAAAAUUGAAACGUCGAUGCAGCCCAAGAGAGCGUCUUUACAAGGUUCAGUUUAUUGGAUGGCCCCGGAGGUGGUUAGACAAGUCACCAAUAGUGAGAAAUCAGAUAUAUGGUCUGUGGGGUGUUUGAUCAUUGAAAUGUUUACAGGUAAGCAUCCAUUUCCAGAAUUUAGUCAAAUGCAAGCGAUCUUCAGAAUUGGUACCCAUUCAAGCCCGGAAAUUCCUGAUAAAUGUACUGAAGAAUGCAAAGAUUUCUUGAAGAAGACGUUUAUUAUUGAGUACGAAAAGAGACCAAGUGCCAAAGAAUUAUUGAGCCACGCGUUCUUGAAUAGCCUUAUUAUGGCUGAGCGAUGA